UUCAGUCUCUUGCCGUCAGGGGGCAGCAGAACCCCAAACCACCCACUGUGGCGAAGUAAGCAAAUCGAAACUCCUCAAUGAGUUCACCUUCAGAUAAAUAGUUUGUCCCCCUUUCUCCGUGGUCUUAUUUUAUUUCUGUCGUGUCCUGUCAAAAUGAACGGCUCUCUGCACUCCUCAUCCGGCGUGGUGAACAUAAAACUGAAGCGAGGACCGGCAGGCUUGGGAUUCAAUAUAGUCGGGGGCGCGGACCAGCAGUAUGUUGUAAAUGACAGCGGCAUAUACGUGUCCAAAAUAAAAGAGGAUGGAGCUGCAGGGUUGGAUGGAAGACUCCAAGAGGGGGAUAAAAUCCUGGCGAUCAAUGGAAUCAAGCUUGAGGGCCGAACACACAAAAGCGCAGUGGAUCUGUUCCGAACAGCAGGGGAUGACGUGGAGCUCCGUGUUCUGAAAAAGGUGCCCCAUCACAUGAACGGACCCACGGGCUCGCCACCCGAUCGCGAAUCUUCCGUGUCUUCUCUGGGAAUAAUGGCUGUUGUAGCGGGAGCUGCGGCCAUCUUUACAUUCAUUUACGUGCGGCACCUUAGGAAGCAGUUUUAACCAAGCCGACGUCUGCAUGUUAUUUUUAAGAACAAAAACUUUGCUACAGGCCAAAGAAGUGAAAGAGGGAACAAACUCGAAACAGUAGACUUUAUUUUCGUGAUUAGCAGGUGUUGGUGUCACUGAUGAGUUUCUCUGUGUUCAUGUGUAUUAUGUGAUUAUGGUAGCUUCUUGACACCCUUCCUUUGCAAAAAGGGAUGCUCUCUUACCACAGAGGUUACUUUUAAUAGAUAACUUUGUGAUUGUAAGGAGAAGAACGUACAUUUGACAUUCCUGCUGCCGAGCCGAGCCGGGCUGAGCUCAGGCAGAAACAAACAGCUGGCUGUGCACAGACUUUGUAUAUGCAGAAACCCUUUAAAUCCUUCAAGUCAGACUGACACAAUCUCCAGGGUCCUUUUGCAAACUGAAAGACGAUGUUGUGUUCAGCCACUCGUGGGCCUCGCUGCACCUCCAUCACUGAAUGGCAUUUCUGUCUGAGGGGCAACAUGAGGGGGGAGCUCACCGUGUUUCAGUUUGUCACUGUUCAAAAUUCAUUCGACUGGGUUUGGUUUUCAUGUUGCGUUGUUGCACAGAGUAAUGAGAAGAGCGGCAUCCUGUCGCGGGAUUGGAGAAAGCCUGCAGUUAAUGUGAUAAGUUGUGUAAUGGACUAUAGAGUGCCUUUUCUGUCUGUUCCAAGGGAUGGUGGUGGUGUUUGGUUCUUGCUGCUUAUUGGGAUCCAAAUGAAAGUGAACCCACGCGGUCCAUUGAUAAAUUAAAUUAAAAGAUGUGGAUUCCGAUUUUGCAAAUUUUUCUUAUUGUCAAUGAGCCCCGUUUAAAAGGGGGAAAAAAAAGCCUCAAACCAACAAUGAGUUAGUCCAUCUCUCAGUACUUUAUGACUCGACUCCUCCUGCCACAAGCCUGUUGGUUCAACAUGUACAUCUUCACCUCAAUGUCUCUGGAGCUUCCAGGCUACUGUAGGUUUUGGGUGUGUUUGUCCGGGACUGUUUUCAGCUGCGGAUUAAUACGCAUCCGGGCCUGUCGUCAGCGUUCCUGUGACCUGGGCAGCGUGAAUGUGAUGGACUCAAAAUGAACUGCAGUGUGUUCAUACUGAUGAAGGCACAUGUCACCCAGUGCAGUGCUGUCGCUUUCGGACAACGCUGGCGCCCUGUGGCACUUGGGGAUGAGAUGUAUCAGGCCGUACUUGUCAGUAAAGCUGAUUCAUUGUUGGUUUUUGGUCUUUUAAUAGAUCACCUGUUGAUACAGUUGAUCACCAGACUUAUCUCUUCAAAACAAAAGUACACUAGUUCAAAGUAUCGCUGAGUCGUUUCUCUUUUCUUUUUUUUUUAUCAUGAGUUUAUUAUGAAGUGUGUCACAUUGUCACUCGGGGUGAGCCGUUACAUCCGUGUCUUACAAACAGAUCAUUCCUGGAAUAUGUAACGUGGUUGGCAGCUCGCGUCUUAAAGCUCUGUCAUAGCUGGAGAGCCGCUGAUAGACUCUGACACGUUUGUGUGUUUGUGUGUCACGGCCAUUUUUAUGUAAGCACAUCACACCUUCUGCUAAGUGUGCUAAGUGUGGGGUGAAUAUGAAUUAUGGAGCCCGUUGUGAUUGGGGACACGAGUUGUUCAUUUAUGUGAAGGAUCAACAGCUUGAUGCCGAAAAGCAGUUUGAGUCAGUUCAUGUUAAAGGGGAGGGUUUUUUUGUUUGUUUGUUUUUUUUUAAAGAAACUGAGUAGCUGUCAACAGCUGUCAACACGUUUGUUUUUUGUUUUGCACUAGCCACAAUCAUGGAGCUCCUCCAGUAAUGGUAAUCAAGAAGAUGAAUAAGUGAACUGUGGGUGUGUUUGUCCACGUUUGUCAGACUGCAGUGCGUCUAUCAAGCAUUUGUACCUGACUGUAUGUGGCUCUUGUUGUCUGUAAAUACAUUUCAUGUCGCUCUGCUGAGUGGGAUUGUGAAUGUGUGCAGUUAUGCCCGAAAAGUCGACCAGAAGCACUAAUAAAUUAUGCAAAUGCUGUGUCUCACAUCCGA